AUGCAACAAAUGGACUUGUUCAAAAGCUGCGAACUGCAGCCGCAAGAAAAAAUACUUUCUAAUUCACUAGGCCCGCGGCGACACAAAAACCGGCCCCACACUGCAGGGCACUUCUGCUGCUGCUGCUGCUGCUGCUGCAGCUGCUGCUGCAGCAGCUGCUGCAGCUGCAGCAGCAGCAGCAGCUGCUGCUGUGAAGCCCUUGAACCCCUCAAGCGCCGCCAGUGUGAAGGUUCCCCUCCCGCCGCGGCUGCAGCAGCAGCUGCAGCUGCUGCAGCUGCAGCUGCCGGAGCAGCAGCAGCAGCAGCAGGCAAAAGGCUCCGCUGCAGCAGCAGCAGCAGCAGCAGCAGCAGCAGCAGCUGCAGCAAAGCCUCACCUGCCCCAAGGCACAGCAGGGGCCCCCCGAGAGGGGCCCCCAUGGAGCCAGAAAGCAGCAGCAGCAGCAGCUGCUGCUGCAGCAGCAGCGGCUGCAGCAGCUGCAGCACGCGCAUGCAAACGGCAGUUAAAGAAUCAUGCAGCCCAGCAGCAGUGUUUUGCUGCAGCAGUAUGCUGCUGCAGCAGCACUAUACCGCAGCAGCAGCAAUAUGCUGCAGCAGCAGCACUAUACCGCAGCAGCAGCAAUAUGCUGCAGCAGCAGCAGAUGCACACGGAUGGCAGCUAUACUGUUGUGGGGCCAUCUUCUGCUGCCCCUUCAUUGGCACCUUGUGCCGCUGCUGCUGCAGCAGCGGUGAACUGCAGCAGCAGUAUACUGCUGCGGCAGCAGUAUGUUGCUGCAGCAGCAGCAGCUGCAGCAGCACCAGUAUAAUGCUGCAGCAGCAGCACGCUGCUGCAGGACUUGUAAAUGGACGGCGACUGAAGAGUGCUAGGCCUGCGUGCUGCUGCCUUCACUGGCCCCGCGCGCUGCAGCAGCAGCAGCAGCAGCCAGCUGCUGCAGCAGCAAACUGCUGCAGCAGCAAACUGCUGCUGCUGCAGCAGCACAGGGGUGGCAGCUAA